AUGCGAAACGUUGAGAUUAAAGCCCGAGUUCACGAUAGAACGAAAAUCGUCAAUCUAGCCCAGAAGUUAGUCGGAGAAGAGCCAGCUGAACUUCUUCAGCAUGAUAUUUUCUACAAUUCCCCGAAUGGUCGUCUGAAGAUGAGAUCCUUCACUGUAAAUGGAGUGAAAAAGUCCGAGUUAAUCUGGUACAACAGACCAGACCAAUCUGGGCCCAAGUUGAGCGAAUAUAAUAAAACCGAGUUAGAUGAAGCAACUUUGGAGAGCUUGAAAAUCUCUUUGGCUCUCUCUAUGGGUAUUAAAGGAGAGGUCAAGAAAUCUCGCACCCUGUUCAUUUAUGAACAAACAAGAAUUCACAUUGAUACCGUUGAAGGACUCGGAGAUUUCAUGGAAUUGGAAGUAGUUUUGAAUGAAAACCAAACGGUGGAAGAUGGUGACAAGACCGCCAAGCAUAUUCAGAAAUUGUUGGAAGUCUCGGACGAAGAUCUGCUGACAGUUGCUUAUAUGGAUAUGCUAAACGCCCGGAAAUAG